AUGAUUGAUGUCUAUCAGGCUAUUGCUGAUAUAAUUCGUACAACCUUGGGACCCAGGUUCAUGUUAAAAAUGCUAUUUGAUGCUUCAGGAGGCAUUAUGGUGACAAAUGAUGGAAAUGCUAUCUUGCGUGAAAUAGAUCUUGCUCAUCCUACUGCAAAGUCUAUGAUUGAAUUGAGUUGCACCCAAGAUGAAGAAGUUGGAGAUGGAACAACAUCUAUCAUCAUUCUUGCUGGUGAGAUGCUUCAUGUUGCUGAAGCACUCAUAGAUAAGAAUUAUCAUCCUACAAUUAUUUGCCGAGAUAAUUUGUCUAUAACUUAUGACAAAGCUUUGGAGGAUGCCAUUGCUGUCUUUGACAAAAUUGCUAUGCCCGUUGAUGCCAAUGAUCAUAAGUUUUGUUGCUAA